AAUGUAUGUAUAAUUGGUGGUGGAGCUUGGGUCGUAUUGGUGUGAAAUGGACAAGGCAUGGGCUUGGCUUCCAAGGAAUAGCCUUGAGUAUGAGAUUGGUGCUAGGAAUUUUGUUUCUGGAGCAUCAAGUAAUUUGGGUAAUCCUACAGAGAUGUUCUGUCCCUGCGUCGAUUGUAGAAAUGUUUGUCAUCAGUUGAUAGAGACUGUAUUGGAUCAUCUAGUGAUUAGGGGUAUGGAUUUGAAGUACAAGAGGAAUCCAUGUUGGAGUAAGCAUGGGGACAUGACCCAUAUUGAUAAACGAAGUGUUGAUGGAGAAAAUGAUCAAGAACCUGCUGAAGGUGGAGAACAAUCCCAGCCUGCUGGAGGUGGAGAACCUUCCCAGCCUGCUGAAGGUGAAACUGUGGAUGCUUCCACUGGAGGAGGCUCACCCCAGAAGUCUAACUCGACCACAAAGAGAACUAGGGGACAGACAAAAAUGCGUAAAGUCGCAAAAGACCCGCUUUCGAAGGUUGAGGUAGAUUUUACUUCCCUUGGUGAACAUUGCGGUUCUGGAUCAGUAACACUUUCAUCAUUCCUUGGUCCUCUGGUGAGGGAGCAUGUUACAGUACUACUCGAUGAUUGGAGGAAACUCGAUGAACAAACAAAGGACACAAUGUGGGAGGAAAUUCAGGGGAGGCAAAAACAUGCUGUUCUUAAGCAGAUGGGUUGUGUGUGGAGGGCAUCUAAAUCUAAACUUGUGGGCCAAAUUCGAGCGGCGGGAAGUCACGCAGAGCGAUUAAGGCUUAAACCAAGCAACAUCCAAUCUCUUGGGAAGUGGAACAAUUGGGUUAAGAGCAAGACUAGUACAGAGUUUAAGGAGAAAAGUGAGAGAUACAGGAACUUGAGGAGGGCUCAGAUUCCACACACCACUAGCCGCAAAGGAAUGUUUCGACUGGCACAUGAUUUGAAAAAAAAGAGUUCAGACCCAAAAAAGGUGACUCGAAGUAAGGUAUGGAUAGCAGGACACACUCACAAGGAUGGAAGACCUGUGAAGCCUGAAUUCGUAGAGACUAUUGAACAAAUAAAAACAAUCGAUAGUCAAAUGGAGUCCACAGCCAAUGAUAACAUAAGUGAAGAUGAUGUCAGUCAAGUUUUGGGGAAAGAUAGACCUGGGAGAAUUAGAGGUUUGGGAAGAGGGAUUACUGCAACCAAACUAGCAUUCCUACAGGCUAGAGACACACAUGUGCAAAAUCUUGAAGCAAAACAAGCCGAAUUGCUUAGCCAGAUUCUAGACCUGAAAAGUGUAGUCAAUGACUUAGCUGGAAAAAGGAAACACUCUGAAACUAUGGGAGCUCAAUCUGAGGUUAGUGAUGUCAGUAGAGGGGUUAGGUGUCAGCUGCUUGAAUGGGGUUCAACAGAAGAUGUUAUUGUCGGGGAAGGAGAAUUCUGCUCUGCUGAUCCAGCAUACAAGAUUGGUCGCAUUCCACUUGGUCCCAAUGUGGCAGCUGUUGUUGUCAAAUCUGUAACAGACAAAGAUUCACCAUUGUGGAGGCCUACCCCAACCAUGUUCUCACUUGGGGAAGCUGUGGGACUCAAAAUUCCUUGGCAAGCUGAUAAGGUGAUUUUGGAUGACAACUACCCAAAAAGUCCAAAUAGAACUUCUGAUUCCAAGGAGACAAUAUCAAAUGAGUCAAUUCAAAGAUGCAAAGUUUUUGAUUGGAAUUCUCAUGGUGAAGUUAUUGCUGAGGGUGUUUUAUGUUCCACUGAUCCUGCCCAAAUGGUCGACAACAUUCCCCUUGGUAAAAAUGCUGCCAUUGUGAAGAUUGACCUUAUUGUGAAGGCUGCGUCUUAUGUGUGGAGGCCAUCAGCUACAGUACUUGUGAUCUCUGAUGCACUCGAUCAAGAAGUCCCAUGGCCAAUUAAUAAGAUAGAAAUCAUCACUCAAAAUGCAGGGGAUGAUUCAGUGAGGAAAUCUCCUGGUACCAACUCUGGUUCCAGCAAAGGAGUAAAGAAGAAGUGCAUCCUCUUGGAUUGCAAAAACUCUGGUAAAACUGUUGCAGAGGGCAGAGUUUGUUCCACUGAUCCUGCAGCUUUACUGCAUUUCAAACCCAUAGGUCCCAAUGCUAGCAAGGUCUGGGUUGACGUUUCAAAGAUUGAUGAUGCAAAAGUAUGGAGACCAAGUUCAGAAGUGAAAUUCAUAUCUGAUGCAAUAGGUACACUAGUGGUUUGGCCUAAUGACAAGAUUGUGUAUGUGUGACUUAUUUAACUUUUUAGAUUGUUGACUUGUUAAAGUUUCUUUUGUUCUUGUUGAAUGCACUACUUUCAGAUAUUAUUAAGUUAUGAAAGUUUGGUAUUAAUAUAUUUAUUUAUUAACU